AUGUUAGCCGAAGACGAUACUACCAGUAUAUGUCCGAAAGCUGAUUCACUGACAAUCGUUGGACCUUAUCAUGAUAUGAAUUUAUCUACUCGGUUUCCUAAUAUUCAUACUCUUACCGUUCUGACCAUCGAAACACUUGAUCUUCAUAAGUUUCGUCGACUUCGACAUCUAAUUACAGAUAACAUGGGAUUACUUCCUCACCUUACACCACGCAUUCACACAUUAACAUUGAUCAAUAAAAAUGGUAUUUACUUAUCGCCAAUUAUUUACUCAUAUGUCCAUCAUCUGACUAUUUCGAAAUUUUUUGUCAAUAAUCCAAACACAAUUACUUCGAUUCAACGAUAUUUUCCCAAUCUACAUUCUUUAGACAUUCAAUUUGUAUCGAAUCCAACGAUAUUUCGUGACAGUCUUGAUAUUCUAUUUGAUGCUCGACAAUGGCCUGAUUUUAAAUUACUCCGUACAAAUUGGGUUGAUGAAGAUUUUUACCACUAUCAUCUCAUCAAAAUAUGGCUUUCUGACAAUACAGAACUGAAAUCAAGAUCAGAUGACUUUUAUGCACAUUGUGAUGGUCAAUCUUUGACUGUUUGGCUUUGA